AUGUCCGACUUUGAAUCACUCUUCAAUUCAUCCAUACUGAAGGUGUCAGUUCCGGACACGUCUAUAGAAUUUCCCCCGAAAGGUUCGACGGAUGAAUGGCUCGCCCGUCUGAACUCCGGCUCCGCUGAGCGGAAGCAGGCGUUCUUUGAUGAGCAGCUACACGCUCUGGUUACUCUCCGCAUCAACCUCCCAUUAUCCGAUACACCUGUGUCCCAGGACAAACCACCACCAGAAUUGCUGUCUUUCUUGGCCCACCUCCAAACCACAGUAGAAGCGACGUAUAUAUCGUCUGUACCGGCGACUUUGCCUGACACCCCCGACACGACGCGCUUAUCAGCUCCUCCGAGAACUGGGUCGCUCGGACUGAAGAUUACCCCGCGUCCAGGCUCGCAGCAUCCCUCCAUUUACCCUCCGAACACACCAAAUCCUACACCAUUGACCGCCGACCAUGAUAGAAAGUACGUGCAGGCUGAGGGGACAUUGCUCAUGGCUAGCAUAUGGGGCCAGUCGGCGGACGGAGAGUCUGGCGAGGCUUUCUGCUUGCUUUGGUCAGAAGAGGAGCAGGUAUGGGUUGCAGUGUACAGAUUGGGGUUGCGAAUAUCGUUCGUAUCACUCAAAUAUGAAGAUCCGUUGUUGUGUCUUACGGUGUCCGAAACGUUGCGCGAGAAGUCCAUUUCGUUGCAUCAAUACCCCAAACACCCUCUGGCUGCUUUCUUAGCUGCGCAUGGCGCUAUCGCAUCAUCAACCGAAGUCCCAUUGCCAUCGCCGCGAGACAAGCCCACUGCUACUGACGGAAACGAAUUAAACGGUCUCGACGAAGCGAACAUCUUGGAAGGCUUAGCCUGUGGACCGACUUACUAUACCCUAAGCGAGGAUACGAACGCGCUCACUCUCCCCACGACGCGCCUAGGAAUCGUGACGCGGCGUAAGUUAUUCUCGUUGGCACCGACGUCCCUGCCUUCUCCUGUUGCGCCGUCACCUUCACCGUUGACCGCUUUGCGCACCACGCAUCCGACACUGAGAAAGUCGUUUCGGCGGACGUUGGGUACGGCUUCGGGGUUCAGAGUGAGGAUGCGGACUGUUUUUGUUCCAGCGGUCAUGCUGGACGAGGAAGGCGACGAGGGAGGGGAGAGCGAUGACACGGACGCAGACGAACAGCGCGCGGCGAGGGAUGCACCCAGUGACGACGACAGUGAUGACAGUGAUGAGGACGAGAAAGCUGCCGAGCAGAAGGAUCUCCGUGAAUCAGGCAACGAAGAACGAACAGUCAUCCUCUCCGUCGAGGUAGAGAACUCGGGGGACUCGGGGCCUGGGGUUUUGUUUGAAGUCGAGAAUGUAGAUGUGCGCAUUGGUGGGGAGGGUGCGCGGAGCCGGCUUAUCGGCUGGGGAGACGGCGAUGCAAAGUCCAAAGAAGGAUCGAAGUUCCCUAUUCGCAUAGAGAGUAUGGGGCAGUACAAUCUCCUCUACGCUGUGUCCUUCCUCAAGACGCCGAACGACAUGGAUGGGUUCUCGCUCUCCAGAGACCCCAGUAUCGCUGGUGCGCACAAUCCAGAACUUCAGCGAGCAGUAUCGAUCACUGUCUACGGACGACCGAUCAUGCCAACCGGGGCGAACAAGGAUGGGGUGUAUCCCACCGAGACAUUCUCCUCACGGUGGAACUGCGUGCUCGACCUCUCCGCGUCAGCAGCCAACGCGCAAGACCAAUCCGUACCACGCCCGGACGAUCUGGGGACGUCGUCGAAAUUCAAGGAUACGCUCCCUGAACCCCCUUCGCCGUUCCCUAUGUCUUUCUCUGGCGCGCGAUCGCCCCUUCCACUUGCGAAAGGAAGUUCUGGUGGUGAUAGCGCCGACAGGAGAGCGAGCGUUCCGAUAAGGUCACCGACGUCUGCCUCAAUCGGCGGUAUGGCGGGUGUGCCUAAGCGGCAUUCGUUACCGGGAAGCCAGCCUGGGCGCAUACCAUCAGCUUCAGGCGGGUGGCGGUCGUCGACAUCCAUGCUUAACCCAGGAUAUCAACCUGCGAGAGACCUUCGUCCCCCCAAUCCUAUAUCCCCAGGCGCUGGCUCUAGCAACGCGAACAACCGCCUCUCGUACAUGCCACCGUCGGUCACCGUGAACGUACAGAAUGCGCGAUCGCCAACAACGUACAAUGCUCCGUAUAUGGCCGGUGCUGGGCCUGCAGCUCCGUUUGCAUCCGCCCAUUUCGAUGGAAGUGACGAUACGAGGGUGACCAGCCCUAUCUCGAUCACUGAAAAUGGGGGAAUGCCACCUCCAACGCCAGCGUAUCCCUCGUAUCCUUCUCCCUCAGGGUUGCCGGUGCUGCCGCCCUCGCAGAAUCCCAUCGUCUCGCAGAAUUCGGGGAACGUCGGUCCCAAGAUUGACGUCAAACGCGCGAAGGGGGUGGGCCUUGGUGUGACGCUCCCGGGCGCUCCUAGUCCUGGGGGUGCUGUAGGUGGUGGGGGUGGGUCGAACACGCCGCUGCCGCUCGUGCCCGGUGCGUUUGGCGAGCAGACGAUGUUGAGGGAGCUGCAGAGGGCGGAGGAGAGCAGGGAGGCGAUUGUGGUCAGCGUGGGAAUGCUGCCGGUGAAGAGGAAGCAUAGCCUGGCGGACGCCUUGGGUGGAUCGUCGCCUGAUGGCCAGGAGGAGGAACCUUGCAAGGGGACGGGGCCAGGGAAGAUAUAUCCGUUGGAGACGUUUACGCUUGAUAUAUUUGUGUUCAACCAGAGUGCGUGGACGAGGAGGUUGGAGGUGAGCUAUCCGGAUCGGAGGACGGUUAGGAAGGGCGCUCUGAGUGAGGGUGCUCGGUUUAAGGAUUGGAAUGGGGCUCCUGGGAUUUUGGCCUUGGACAACCGUGUUAGAGUCGGUCCGCUUCGGCCAUCAACUUGCCAGUCUGUUCGCAUGGAGUUUCUGGCCCUCAGUCCUGGUGUACAGUCUGUGGAUACGCUUACCUUGACCGACGUAGAGUCGGGCAUCUCCAUGAACCUGAGGUCCGUGAUGGACGUAGUAGUGCACGAGAAAUUUGAUUGA